AUGUAUUUAGAAAGAAUUCAAGUAUACGUCUCGCCAGUUUUCAUGAGAUUGUUUCAUGAUACUUGCAGUGAUUUACACGUGAAAGUGUGUCCAGUCUUACCUCAAGAUUUUAUGUUGGACUUGAAUAUAGUCUUCAAAGCUUGGAACAAAGCAGUUACUAAUUUUAACGAUGAGUUUUUUGCAGAUCUACUUAGGGAACUGAAAGAUUACUUCCCCACGUAUAUUUGUAUGACUGAAAAAGUAAAUAUGAGGGUAAUGAACGUUGCAAACGAUUGGUAUUGUAUUGAUUCUUGUAAAGAUUUUGAACAAAAUUUAGAAUAUUUACCAACUAAACUCACGUUAACGGAUUUUUGUCGAAAAAAUGGAUCAGUAAUAAGGCGCAGUAGACCGAUUAGUUUGUUGUCGGGACUAGAAACAUUGUCACGACUAAAUUUUUUGCGACUAAGUAAUGUUUGUAUCAAGGACAACUUCUUUUCAACAUUAUUUUCAGAGUGCCCUCAGCUUCAAACUUUAGAUAUUUACGUAGAAAGACGUGGCAAAUUGAGUACUUUUCGAUCUUACACAAAUUCACUAGCAAGAAGUGUGCAUGUUGCCAAGAGUUUGAAAAAUAUAAAAUUGACAUCGGAAGACAUAGACUAUGUAGAAUUGUUUGGAAUAUUGUGCAAUUUUCAUAAUUUAGAAAACAUUCAUAUAUGUGAAUAUGAGAGAAAUGUUAAUGAUAUUGUAGCUUCAGAUAAUAUAGUUCUUUUUAUCAAAAAUUGUAUCAAUUUAUACAGUUUGUUUAUCGAAGCUGACAUGCCAUCAGAAGAUAUAACUAUUUUAAUAGCACCCUUAAGAGAAAUUGCACAAAAAUUGGAUCGUUAUUACCUUUGUAUAGAAGUAUGUGAUUGCUAUCGUGGGUGGAAUCCUUUUGUUGACGUGUUUAAUCCUAGUCCUUUACAUAUACUAGACUAA